ACAGACAGGUGCCUCCUCAGAAGCCUGUCGUUCGGUACCUGUUGCCGAAUCCCAGCCAAGAUGGGGACAGGCAGGGGGGCAAGGAUACCACUAUGGAUACCAAUGCUAGUGAUCGCCUUAACAUGCCAAAAAGUCAACGCCCAGGGUGAUCAAUCCCAGUAUGAAGACCAGCAAUCCCAGUAUGAAGACCAGCAGUAUGAUCAGCAGCAGUCAAAUUACGACUAUCCUUCUGUGCAGCCGACACAUGAUGACCCUUUUGUCACACCAUCUCGUAGUCCUGUGACCAUCAUCCCAUCCAUGAGAACAACUCUGGCUGUGAAAGCUGGAAACUCUGCUCACAAUGGGAGAGUGUGUAGCACAUGGGGCAACUUCCAUUUCAAGACCUUUGACGGGGACAUCUACCAUUUCCCUGGAACCUGCAACUACGUCUUUUCCUCCCACUGCAAAUCUGAUUAUGAAGACUUCAACAUCCAAAUAAGGCGCUCUGUGGUUGAGAGUGCUGCCGUUAUCAGCCAUAUCAUCAUAAAAAUUGAUGGAGCAGCCAUUGAACUGACCUCACACUCCAUUACUGUCAAUGCAGAACAUGUCCAGCUGCCCUACAACCACUUGGGAAUCUUGAUGGAGACAGUCUCAGGUUACCUGAAAAUUGUUUCGAAGCUAGGCCUGGUGAUCAUGUGGAACCAAGAGGGUGGCCUUCUGCUUGAACUGAAUGAGAAAUAUGCUAAUCAGACUUGUGGACUUUGUGGAGACUUCAAUGGAAUCUCAACUUUCAAUGAAUUUGUUUCUAACAACAUCAAACUGAAUCCUGUGCAGUUUGGAAACAUGCAGAAGAUGGACGGACCCACUGAAGAAUGCCAAGAUCCUUCCCCUUCAGCUGCAAGCAAUUGCAGCCAGGAGUUUAGUACUGUCUGCCAAACGGUAUUGACUGGUGAAGCAUUCAUGAGCUGCAAUGCACUGGUUGAAGUACAAGAUUACAUUGAUGCUUGCAUACAAGACCUGUGCAGUUGUGAUAAGUCUGCCACUGAUUACUGCAUUUGCAACACCUUUGCUGAAUACUCCCGGCAAUGUGCCCAUGCUGGUGGACUGCCAAUGGAAUGGAGGACAGAAGAUCUGUGUGCCAAGUCAUGCCCUUUCAAUAUGGUGCACCAGGAAUGUGGGUCCCCCUGUUCUAAUACUUGUACCAAUCCCGAAAGAUCCCAGCUCUGUGAAGAUCAUUGUACAGAUGGCUGCUUUUGUCCCCCAGGCACUGUGUUUGAUGACAUAAGCAGCUCUGGUUGCAUCGCUGUGAAGGACUGUCACUGUACUUACAAUGGAGACACUUAUUCUCCUGGAGCUUCUUUUGCAUCCCAGUGCACUGCAUGUACAUGUACCGGAGGCCAGUGGGCCUGUGUCAGCCUUGACUGCCCCGGAAUGUGCUCUGUUGAAGGAGGCUCCCACAUCUCCACAUUUGAUGAGAAACGCUAUUCGGUCUUUGGGGACUGUAGCUAUGUCUUAACUAAGCUCUGCGACAGUAAUGCCUUCACUGUUCUGGGAGAAAUUCGAAAGUGUGGCCUGACAGACACCGAGACCUGCCUGAAAGGCAUCGCCAUCAGCAUAGAUGGAGGACAGACAGUAGUUGUGAUCAAGUCCUCUGGGGUCGUGUAUUUGAAUAUGAUCCUUUCCCAGCUGCCUAUCUCAGCAUCCAAUGUCACCAUCUUCAGGCCUUCAUCCUUCUUCAUCGUGGUGGAAACAACAUUUGGCCUCCAGUUACAGAUCCAGAUCGUGCCCAUCAUGCAAUUAUUUGUACGCUUGGACCCAGCCCACAAAGAGCAGACAUGUGGUCUCUGUGGAAACUUCAACAGUGUCCAAGCAGAUGACUUCAAAGCUGCCAGUGGAGUAGUAGAAGGAACUUCAGCUGCUUUUGCCAACACGUGGAAAGCACAGGCCAAUUGUCCUGACAUCAAAAAUAUUUUCGAGAACCCAUGUACUCUCAGCAUAGAAAAUGAAAAAUAUGCUUCGCACUGGUGCGGCCUGCUGACGGACAGCAAUGGACCCUUUCAGAAGUGCCACUCUACAGUAGAGCCUACUGCUUUCCACACGACCUGUAUGUUUGAUACCUGCAACUGUGAAAGGAGUGAGGACUGUAUGUGUGCUGCCCUUUCCUCCUAUGUCAGAGCCUGUGCUGCAAAGGGAGUGCUGCUGAGCGGAUGGAGAACCAGCGUCUGUACCAAAUACCAAAUGUGUCCCAAAACCCUGGUUUACCGUUACAACAUUAGUUCCUGCCAACCCACCUGCCGAUCUCUGAGCGAGCCCGAUGUCACCUGCAACAUUAAGUUUACCUCCGUGGAUGGAUGCACCUGCGAAGAAGGGAUGUAUAUGGAUGAGAGUGGCAAAUGUGUACCUCCUACCAGCUGCCCCUGCUACUACAAAGGGACUCCUCUACUGUCUGGAGAAGUUAUCCAUGAAAAAGGUGUCAUAUGCACUUGCACACAGGGAAAGCUUCAGUGCGUUGGAGAAGUGAAACCACAACCAGAAUGUUUUGCUCCCAUGGUCUACUUUGACUGCACCAAUGCCACAGUAGGAGCCACUGGAGCUGAGUGUCAGAAGAGCUGUCAGACUCUUGACAUGGAAUGCUACAGCACACAGUGCAUCUCUGGCUGCAUGUGUCCCAAGGAGUUGGUGUCGGAUGGCCAAGGUGGGUGUGUAGCUGCUGAAGAGUGCCCAUGCAUUCACAAUGAAGCCACAUACAAGCCAGGGGACAGCAUCAAGGUGAAAUGUAAUACUUGUACAUGUAAGAACAGAAAGUGGGAGUGCUCCACUGAACCCUGCCUGGCAACAUGCUCUGUUUAUGGAGAUGGUCAUUACAUCACUUUUGAUGGCAAACGCUAUAGCUUCAGUGGAGACUGUGAAUACACACUGGUCCAGGAUCAUUGCGGUAAAAACAAUUCAAAUGCAGGGACUUUCAGAGUGAUCACGGAGAACAUCCCCUGUGGCACCACUGGGACAACCUGCUCAAAAGCCAUUAAAGUCUUCAUGGGGACCUAUGAGCUGAUACUUGCUGAUGAAAAAUUUGAAGUGGUACAGAGGCUUUCUGGUGGAGGUGAAGUGCCAUUCAAGGUCCGCUACAUGGGAAUCUACAUGGUGAUUGACACCACAGCUGGACUGGUCCUGUUGUGGGACAAGAAAACCAGUAUCUUCAUCAAACUCAAUGACGAAUUUAAGGGUCAAGUUUGUGGCCUCUGUGGAAACUAUGAUGGCAAUGACAUAAAUGACUUCACCACCAGGAGCCAGUCUGUUGUAGGAGACGUACUGGAGUUUGGUAACAGCUGGAAGGUGUCUCCCACUUGCCCAGAUGCGCCAGGCAGCAGAGAUCCUUGUUCUACAAACCCAUAUAGGAGCUCCUGGGCCCAGAAGCAAUGUAGCAUCAUUAACAGCAAAGUGUUUGCUUCCUGCCACACUCAGGUUGAACCAACUAAAUAUUAUGAAGCCUGCAUCUCUGAUGCCUGUGCUUGUGACACUGGGGGAGACUGUGAAUGCUUCUGUACUGCUGUAGCUGCCUAUGCUCAGGCGUGCAAUGAAGCUGGCAGUUGCAUUUCUUGGAGAACUCCAUCCAUCUGCCCUCUGUUCUGUGAUUACUAUAAUCCAAAAGAGGAAUGUGAGUGGCACUACCAGCCUUGUGGCUCUCCUUGUAUGAAGACUUGCAGAAACCCAAGUGGAAAAUGCCUGCAUGAGUUACAAGGCUUAGAAGGCUGCUAUCCAAAGUGUCCAGCUGAUAAGCCCUAUUUUGAUGAAGAUGAGAUGCAGUGUGUUGAUCUUCCAGCAUGCGGCUGCUUUGAUGGCAAAGGAAACCACUAUAAACCAGGAGAAAAAAUGCCUUCACAAAAGAGCUGUGAAUCAUGCUAUUGUUCAAUGGCUGGCAAACCAGAGUGUCGAUAUGAUGAACUUGAAUGCCACUGCAUCUAUGAAGGGAAGAUUAGCAAGCCGGGGGAUGUCAUCUACAACACAACAGAUGGCAUUGGAGGGUGCAUCACUGCGACUUGCAGUAAGAACGGGACAAUAGAGAGGAAUAUCUUCCCUUGCACAACAACACCCACCACUACCACUACCACUGCACCAACCACUACCGUCUUUAACUUUUCCAGUACCUCUUCACCAGCAACCACUACUGCAGUGCCUGUAACAACAUCCGUUUGUGUUCAGGAAGUAUGCCACUGGUCACAGUGGUAUGAUGUGAGCCAGCCUGGCUCUGGAGAUGAUGAUGGAGAUUUCGAUACUUUUGAAAAACUAAGAGCAGAAGGAUAUAAAGUCUGCAGAGCUCCAAGUGCCGUUGCCUGCAGAGCUGAGAAAUUCCCCAAUACUCCAUUAAGUGAACUGGGCCAGAAAGUAGAAUGCAGUAAAACAGUGGGGCUAAUCUGUUACAACAAGGAUCAGCAUCCGAUGAGCUGCCACAAUUAUCAAAUCAAAAUCCAAUGUUGUAGCUUUGAACCAUGUGGCAUUACUGCAUCGACACCCGGGACUACCCACACCACAACAACACCAACUACUCUUCCUGUAACAACUCCUACUGUAACAACACCUAAUCUACCACCUACCACAACUGUAGUAACCAAAACAACUAGCAUCCCAACUACAACCCCAGCAACCACAACAGAAAGGCCAACACCUUGUAAACCCACAUGUAAAUGGACUGAAUGGUAUGAUGUGCACUUUCCCACUUUGGACAACAAAGGGGAUUUUGAAACAUAUGACAUCAUUAAGGCUGCAGGAAAAGAUAUAUGCCAAAAACCCGAACGUAUAGAAUGCAGGGCAGAGAAAUUUCCACAGAAAUCUAUUGAUGAAAUUGGACAAACUGUUCAGUGCAAUGUGACAUUUGGCUUUGUUUGCAAAAAUGAAGAACAGCCAGGAAUUUUUCAGAUGUGUUAUAACUAUCAGAUCAAAGUAUACUGCUGUUAUACUGACUGCUUGACCACUACUCCAGAAACUACAACAGCAAGCACAAGUACUGUUCCAGUAACUACCACGGUUACUAGUACAACUCCAGAAACAACAUCUACAUCAAUAGUGACAACUAAGCCAAAAACAACAACAGUUACAACCACACCUUCUACUACUAAAUCUACAACCACAACUACUACAGCCCCAAUGUCCACUACAAUUCCAGAAACUACAACUGAAACAACACCUUCUACAACUAAAAUUAUAACCACACCCACAACAAAAGAAACAACACCUCCAACUGUGUCAACAACUACAUCAACAACCUCACAAAUUACAACAAAAGUGUCAACUACUUCUGAAGCAACAACCCUAACCACAACACCUCCAACUACAACACAGUCACCAACAACAGUAACAACUGUUCCAGAGACAACAAAAAGUUUAGAAACGACAACAAUUUCAACAACAGCCCCUUCGACACCUGAACAAUGCACUAAGGAAGUUUGUGAAUGGUCACAGUGGUAUGAUAUAAGUUACCCAGGAUCCGCACCAGAUGAUGGAGAUUUUGAUACAUUUAAGAAUAUAAGAGCCAAAGGAUACAAAGUCUGUAAGGCACCAAAAAAUGUUGAAUGCAGAGCAGAAAGAUAUCCUGAUACACCACUAAAUGAAUUAGAGCAAAAAGUUAUUUGUAGUAAAACAGUAGGACUCAUAUGUUUGAACAAAGAACAACUUCCACCAAUUUGCUAUAAUUAUGAGAUGAGAAUUGAAUGCUGUGAAAAAAUAGUUGUACCAUGUCCAACAACAAGACCACUAACAACUACAAAGCCUUUAACUACAACCUCACAAACAACUACCACCAGCAAAACAACCACAACAGCAUCAACACCAAUAACUACUACCAAAGCAAAGACUAUUAUUACACAAACUCAGACAACUACACAUCCAUCAAAAGCACCGCUACUAAAUGGAACAACACCAUUCACACCUAAACCGCUACAAACAACAAAAGUCACAACAAGGACAACACCAUUAAUUACUACAAAAACUGAAACACCGAAAACUAAGCCGACAACAGAAGUUACAACUACCAAGCCAGCAACAACUACAAAAUUGCAAACCACCACGACACGGACAACGGAAACAACCAGCAGUGUCAUCACGACAACAAAAGCAACCACCACACCUGAGGUAGUAAGUACGACUUUGCCUAGAAUGACACCAGAAAGGACUACAAUGGUGACAACCACCAGUCCUACCACCACCAGAUCCAUUCCCACCACCACCACUCCCAAACCAACCACUACAGCUCCAGAAACAACAACGACGACCACCACGACUCCGAAACCAACCACUACAGCUCCAGAAACAACAACCACCACCACUCCGAAACCAACCACUACAGCUCCAGAAACAACAACAACCACCACCACCACUCCGAAACCAACCACUACAGCUCCAGAAACAACAACCACCACCACUCCGAAACCAACCACUACAGCUCCAGAAACAACAACGACCACCACCACUCCGAAACCAACCACUACAGCUCCAGAAACAACAACGACCACCACCACUCCGAAACCAACCACUACAGCUCCAGAAACAACAACAACGACCACCACCACUCCGAAACCAACCACUACAGCUCCAGAAACAACAACAAUGACCGCCACCACUCCGAAACCAACCACUACAGCUCCAGAAACAACAACGACCACCACCACCACUCCGAAACCAACCACUACAGCUCCAGAAACAACAACAAUGACCACCACCACUCCGAAACCAACCACUACAGCUCCAGAAACAACAACAACGACCACCACCACUCCGAAAACAACCACUACAGCUCCAGAAACAACAACGACCACCACCACCACUCCGAAACCAACCACUACAGCUCCAGAAACAACAACAACGACCACCACCACUCCGAAACCAACCACUACAGCUCCAGAAACAACAACAACGACAACCACCACACCUCAGCCAGUAAGCACAACCACCUUGCCCACGACCCCUGUGCCAGUCACCACCACAGCUACGGAGAUGACUACCACGACUCCAGAAACAACAACCUGUGGACCUAUAUGUCGGUGGAGCGAAUGGUAUGAUGUUGACUAUCCCACUUUCGGACCUAAUGGAGGAGACAUUGAGACAUAUAACAACAUCCGGGAUGCGGGUGGCAAGAUCUGUGCCAAGCCAUCAAACAUCCAGUGCAGGGCUGAAAAUCACCCUGACCUCAGCAUUCACCAACUUGGUCAGGUAGUAGAGUGUAAUGUUGACUAUGGAUUGGUUUGCAAGAAUAAUGAACAAAUGGGGAAAUUCAGGCAAUGCUUGAAUUAUGAGAUGCGGGUGUUGUGCUGUGAAGUAAACCCAAGUUGCCUGACUACAACCGUCCCAACCACCACUCCCAAAAUAACUACUACAGCUCCAGAAACAACGACCACAACCACCACCACACCAGUAACAACUACAGCCCCCAAAACCACCACAACACAGCCAACAACAACAACAACAACCACUCCGAAACCAACCACUACAGCUCCAGAAAUAACCACCACUACACCAGUAACAACUACAGCCCCCCAAACCACCACAACACAGCCAACAACAACAACAACAACCACCACACCUCGGCCAGUAAGCACAACCACCUUGCCCACGACCACUGUGCCAGUCACCACCACCACUACUGAGACAACUACCACCUCUCCAGAAACAACAACCUGUGGACCUAUAUGUCAGUGGACCGACUGGUUUGAUCUUGACUAUCCCACUUCCGGACCUAACGGGGGUGACAUUGAGACAUAUAACAAGAUCCGGGCUGCAGGAGGGAAGAUCUGUGCCAAGCCAUCAAACAUCCAGUGCAGGGCUGAAAAUCACCCAGACCUCAGCCUUGACCAGGUUGGUCAAGUUGUUGAGUGUAACAUUGACUUUGGACUGGUGUGUGAGAAUAAGCAGCAAAUGGGAAAAUCCAAGCAGUGCUUGAAUUAUGAGAUGCGGGUGUUGUGCUGUGAAAUAAACCCACGUUGCCCACCAACAACUAUCCCAACCACCACCACUCCCAAACCAACCACUACAGCUCCAGAAACAACCACCACAACCACCACCACACCAGUAACAACUACAGCACCCAAAACCACCACCACCACCACCACCACCACACCUCGGCCAGUAAGCACAACCACCUUGCCCACGACCACUGUGCCAGUCACCACCACCACUACUGAGACAACUACCACCUCUCCAGAAACAACAACCUGUGGACCUAUAUGUCAGUGGACCGACUGGUUUGAUCUUGACUAUCCCACCUCCGGACCUAACGGGGGUGACAUUGAGACAUAUAACAAGAUCCGGGCUGCAGGAGGGAAGAUCUGUGCCAAGCCAUCAAACAUCCAGUGCAGGGCUGAAAAUCACCCAGACCUCAGCCUUGACCAGGUUGGUCAAGUUGUUGAGUGUAACGUUGACUCUGGACUGGUGUGCGAGAAUAAGCAGCAAAUGGGAAAAUCCAAGCAGUGCUUGAAUUAUGAGAUGCGGGUGUUGUGCUGUGAAAUAAACCCACGUUGCCCACCAACAACUAUCCCAACCACCACCACUCCCAAACCAACCACUACAGCUCCAGAAACAACCACCACAACCACCACCACACCAGUAACAACUACAGCAGCCCACACCACCACAACACAGCCAACAACAACAACAACAACAACCACCACACCUCGGCCAGUAAGCACAACCACCUUGCCCACGACCACUGUGCCAGUCACCACCACCACUACUGAGACAACUACCACCUCUCCAGAAACAACAACCUGUGGACCUAUAUGUCAGUGGACCGACUGGUUUGAUCUUGACUAUCCCACCUCCGGACCUAACGGGGGUGACAUUGAGACAUAUAACAAGAUCCGGGCUGCAGGAGGGAAGAUCUGUGCCAAGCCAUCAAACAUCCAGUGCAGAGCUGAAAAUCACCCAGACCUCAGCCUUGACCAGGUUGGUCAAGUUGUUGAGUGUAACGUUGACUCUGGACUGGUGUGCGAGAAUAAGCAGCAAAUGGGAAAAUUCAAGCAGUGCUUGAAUUAUGAGAUGCGGGUGUUGUGCUGUGAAAUAAACCCACGUUGCCCACCAACAACUAUCCCAACCACCACCACUCCCAAACCAACCACUACAGCUCCAGAAACAACCACCACAACCACCACCACACCAGUAACAACUACAGCAGCCCAAACCACCACAACACAGCCAACAACAACAACAACAACAACAACCACACCUCGGCCAGUAAGCACAACCACCUUGCCCACGACCACUGUGCCAGUCACCACCACCACUACGGAGACAACUACCACCUCUCCAGAAACAACAACCUGUGGACCUAUAUGUCAGUGGACCGACUGGUUUGAUCUUGACCACCCCACUUCCGGACCUAACGGGGGUGACAUUGAGACAUAUAACAAGAUCCGGGCUGCAGGAGGGAAGAUCUGUGCCAAGCCAUCAAACAUCCAGUGCAGGGCUGAAAAUCACCCAGACCUCAGCCUUGACCAGGUUGGUCAAGUUGUUGAGUGUAACGUUGACUCUGGACUGGUGUGCGAGAAUAAGCAGCAAAUGGGAAAAUCCAAGCAGUGCUUGAAUUAUGAGAUGCGGGUGUUGUGCUGUGAAAUAAACCCACGUUGCCCACCAACAACUCUCCCAACCACCACCACUCCCAAACCAACCACUACAGCUCCAGAAACAACCACCACAACCACCACCACACCAGUAACAACUACAGCAGCCCACACCACCACAACACAGCCAACAACAACAACAACCACCACCACACCUCGGCCAGUAAGCACAACCACCUUGCCCACGACCACUGUGCCAGUCACCACCACCACUACUGAGACAACUACCACCUCUACAGAAACAACAACCUGUGGACCUAUAUGUCAGUGGACCGACUGGUUUGAUCUUGACUAUCCCACCUCCGGACCUAACGGGGGUGACAUUGAGACAUAUAACAAGAUCCGGGCUGCAGGUGGGAAGAUCUGUGCCAAGCCAUCAAACAUCCAGUGCAGGGCUGAAAAUCACCCAGACCUCAGCCUUGACCAGGUUGGUCAAGUUGUUGAGUGUAACGUUGACUCUGGACUGGUGUGCGAGAAUAAGCAGCAAAUGGGAAAAUUCAAGCAGUGCUUGAAUUAUGAGAUGCGGGUGUUGUGCUGUGAAAUAAACCCACGUUGCCCACCAACAACUAUCCCAACCACCACCACUCCCAAACCAACCACUACAGCUCCAGAAACAACCACCACAACCACCACCACACCAGUAACAACUACAGCAGCCCAAACCACCACAACACAGCCAACAACAACAACAACCACACCUCGGCCAGUAAGCACAACCACCUUGCCCACGACCACUGUGCCAGUCACCACCACCACUACGGAGACAACUACCACCUCUCCAGAAACAACAACCUGUGGACCUAUAUGUCAGUGGACCGACUGGUUUGAUGUUGACUAUCCCACUUCCGGACCUAACGGGGGUGACAUUGAGACAUAUAACAAGAUCCGGGCUGCAGGAGGGAAGAUCUGUGCCAAGCCAUCAAACAUCCAGUGCAGGGCUGAAAAUCACCCAGACCUCAGCCUUGACCAGGUUGGUCAAGUUGUUGAGUGUAACGUUGACUCUGGACUGGUGUGCGAGAAUAAGCAGCAAAUGGGAAAAUCCAAGCAGUGCUUGAAUUAUGAGAUGCGGGUGUUGUGCUGUGAAAUAAACCCACGUUGCCCACCAACAACUAUCCCAACCACCACCACUCCCAAACCAACCACUACAGCUCCAGAAACAACCACCACAACCACCACCACACCAGUAACAACUACAGCAGCCCACACCACCACAACACAGCCAACAACAACAACAACAACAACCACCACACCUCGGCCAGUAAGCACAACCACCUUGCCCACGACCACUGUGCCAGUCACCACCACCACUACUGAGACAACUACCACCUCUCCAGAAACAACAACCUGUGGACCUAUAUGUCAGUGGACCGACUGGUUUGAUCUUGACUAUCCCACCUCCGGACCUAACGGGGGUGACAUUGAGACAUAUAACAAGAUCCGGGCUGCAGGAGGGAAGAUCUGUGCCAAGCCAUCAAACAUCCAGUGCAGAGCUGAAAAUCACCCAGACCUCAGCCUUGACCAGGUUGGUCAAGUUGUUGAGUGUAACGUUGACUCUGGACUGGUGUGCGAGAAUAAGCAGCAAAUGGGAAAAUUCAAGCAGUGCUUGAAUUAUGAGAUGCGGGUGUUGUGCUGUGAAAUAAACCCACGUUGCCCACCAACAACUAUCCCAACCACCACCACUCCCAAACCAACCACUACAGCUCCAGAAACAACCACCACAACCACCACCACACCAGUAACAACUACAGCACCCAAAACCACCACAACACAGCCAACCACCACCACCACCACACCUCGGCCAGUAAGCACAACCACCUUGCCCACAACCACUGUGCCAGUCACCACCACAACUACUGAGACGACUACCACCUCUCCAGAAACAACAACCUGUGGACCUAUAUGUCAGUGGACCGACUGGUUUGAUGUUGACUAUCCCACUUCCGGACCUAACGGGGGUGACAUUGAGACAUAUAACAAGAUCCGGGCUGCAGGAGGGAAGAUCUGUGCCAAGCCAUCAAACAUCCAGUGCAGGGCUGAAAAUCACCCAGACCUCAGCCUUGACCAGGUUGGUCAAGUUGUUGAGUGUAAUGUUGACUCUGGACUGGUGUGCGAGAAUAAGCAGCAAAUGGGAAAAUUCAAGCAGUGCUUGAAUUAUGAGAUGCGGGUGUUGUGCUGUGAAAUAAACCCACGUUGCCCACCAACAACUAUCCCAACCACCACCACUCCCAAACCAACCACUACAGUACCAAUAACACCAACUGCCUGUUUCUGCAAGAUUAAUGAAACCAUUUACAGACGUGGUGAUACGAUUUACAAUAAAACAGACAGUGAUGGUUGCCUUUUCACUGCCGUUUGUAGUAAAACAUGUUCUGUUGAGAGAUCCAAAGGGCCAUGCAAACUAACAACACCAAAACCCACUCCGACAGUUGUUGUCACAACCCCCACCCCCACCACUACCAUUGCCACUACCACUACCACAACUGAGCAACCUGGAUGCCCAGAUGCUAAACCACCCUUAAAGACUGGCGACAAAUGGGUAUCGAAUUGCACCGUAUCAACUUGUGAGGGAAACAAUAAAAUUUCUGUAAAGCAAGUGCAGUGUCCACCAGUGAGGAAUAUUGUUUGUGAAAAUGGGUACCCACCAAACAAAGUCUUCAGUGAAGAUGGCUGCUGUUAUCACUAUGAAUGCGAAUGUGUUUGUAGUGGCUGGGGUGAUCCUCACUAUAUCACAUUUGAUGGAAUGUACUACACCUUCCUGGACAACUGCACAUAUGUGUUGGUGCAGCAGAUUACACCUAAAUACGACAACUUCAAGAUUCUAAUUGAUAAUUACUUCUGUGAUGCUGAAGAUGGACUUUCAUGCCCUCAGUCUAUCAUUGUUUACUACAAAACUUCAGUGGUAGUGCUAACCCGCAAACUCUUUGAUGGGGUGGAAGCUAACAAGAUCUACUUCGAUGGUAAGAUUGUCAACCCAGGCUUCCAGAAAGACGGCAUUUAUGUCUCCAUGGUUGGUGUCAACAUGGUAGUUGAGAUUCCUGAACUUGAGGCUUACAUCACCUUCAGCGGUUUGAUCUUCUCAAUAAAACUUCCAUAUAGCAAAUUUGGCAACAACACCGAAGGACAGUGUGGUACCUGUACAAAUGACAGAAAAGAUGAAUGUCGCUUACCAACUGGUGAGAUAACCAGUUGUCCCUACAUGGCUCCCCAUUGGAAAGUCAAUGAUGAAAAUAAGAGCUACUGCAAUAACAAAACAGUACUUCCUAUCACACCAACACCAGCAGUACCUUGCACACCUUCCUCUGUUUGCGAUAUAAUUUUGAGCGAAGUCUUCUCUGAUUGCCAUCAAAUUAUACCUCCAAAGCCCUUCCACCAGGGUUGCGCCUUUGAUUCUUGCCACAUAGACAAUACCACCAUGCAGUGUUCAGGCUUAGAGAUAUAUGCUUCACUCUGUGCCACUAAAGGUGUUUGCAUUGACUGGAGAGCGAAGACUAAUGGUUCAUGCCCAUACAGCUGUCCUGAAGGCAAAGUAUAUGACCCAUGUGGACCUAUCAACCCACCCACAUGUGAUAAUAGGGUUAGUCAUAAUGGCACUGGCAUAGUUGAAGGUUGCUUCUGUGCUCCUGGAACCAAGCUCUUCAACUCCUACAAUGAUAUCUGUGUAGAAAAAUGUGGUUGUACUGGACCAGACGGGAUGCCCAAAGAGCCUGGAGCAAGAUGGACCAGCAACUGCCAGGAGUGUACUUGUGAAAAAUAUACUCUUAAAGUGCAGUGUACACCAAAGAUAUGUGCAACACCUGUCCCAGAGCCCUGUGAAUUUGAAGGCUUUGUGCCUGUCAUUGUCACAACACCUGAAGAUAAAUGCUGUCCUCAAAUGAAAUGUGUAUGCAACACUAGUUACUGUCCUGAAUCCAUUGAGACCUGUCCAGUAGGAUAUGAAUUAAAACAACAAAAGCUGCCAGGAGAUUGCUGCAUUAAAGCCACUUGUGUGAAAAUACCGGGCUGUAUUGACAACGACGUAUUCUACAAACCUGGAGCAGUUGUUCCAAGAGGCGUCUGUGAAACAUGCAGAUGUUCUGUUGAGCAAGAUCCAGAAAGCCAAAUAAACACGGUGGAAUGUGUGUCACAAGUAUGUGACAAAAACUGCCCAGUGGCCCAUGAAUACAAGGAAAUCCCUGGACAAUGCUGUGGUAAAUGCUCAGUGGUAGCAUGUGUUGUGAAAGAGGGACCCAGUGUUCAGGUUAUCAAGCCUGGGGAGAUUUGGCAUCAUCCAGGAAACAACUGCACCACUUAUGAAUGUGAAUUGGUUGAGGACCAGUAUAUUCUUGUCCCUACCAAAAGACCCUGCGCUCCACUUAACUGCCCACCUGAGAAUGUGAGACUGAGUGAAGAUGGCUGCUGCAAGGUGUGCGGACCUCCACCGGGAGAUUGUAAUCCAAAGAACAUCACAAGUCUCAUCAGACAUAAUGGAUGUGAAGCUACUGAACCUGUCGAAUUACGGUACUGCGAAGGCCACUGCGGCAGUUCUUCAAUAUACUCUUCUGAGGCUAACACAAUUGAUCACACAUGCACAUGCUGUAAGGAAAGCAAAACCAGCGAGAGGCAAGUGACACUGAUAUGCCCUGAUCGCUCCACCAUUGAAUAUUCAUACAUCCAUGUUGACGCAUGUGAUUGUGUGAGCAAUCAAUGCGAUGUGAAGCCCAGCCCAACACCAGGAGAGCAAGAACAGCAGCAGCAGCAGCAACAGGAAGAAGAACAGCAGCAGCAGCAGCAGCAGCAGCAAGAAGAACAGCAGCUUGGCCAGAAAUAAAAACAGGAGCCAGGACUGACCUAGACAUUUUUUAAAUGACCAACACCAAUAAUUAACAGAAGAUAAAUUAAAAUGAAUCUUGCUGUUUUGAAAUAAAAAGUAUCCAAUGCAGCAACAUGAACAUACAGAUGAAUUUUUCUUCUUCUAAAUCUACUCUUGGCAGAAAAGUAUUUUCUUUUCUUUGGGGUGCCAAACAAUUAGAAAUUCUAGGUGACACUUUUCUUGGGGCAAGGCCUUUGUGAGACUACACUGUGCAGUUACAAAUAACUUGGAGAGGAAAGUAUUUGGCAUGAUAAAAGGUUAGGGUGGACUUUAGCUUGAACUCUUGUGACGUUAUGAUGCCAAUAUUAACAAAGCAUUAACACUGGCAUUUCUAAUACAUCCAGAAGAAUUUCCACCACCAAGUAGCACAAGCCAGCCAUAACUCUGGAGCAGAAAGAGCUACUCAUAGUGUCCAGUUCCAUUUCAGUUCCAUUGGUCAACAUGGCCUGUUCUCCAUCACCUUUGCAAAAGUUAGAUCUCACUUUCAUAACUUGGUCAGCCUUUUUUGUGUUUUUUCCCCAAGUUCCUCCUUCUACAAACUUCAACCUCUCAAAGGCUGUGGGGCUAUAAUACUCAGAUAUUAUUUGUAGAUCUAUUUUUGUGCAAAAAAAACUCCCCAUGAAGUAUGGCUGCUGCAGAAGAAGACUGUUUACAUGAUAUCAUCAGCAUAUUAAUUAUAUGAAGAUCUGGAUUUUUUAAAAAUAUAAAUGUUUACAAAAUGAACAUAAGAUAUAUAGAUAUAUUUGCUGACUGGUCAUAUGAAGAACUUUUUAAACCAAAGUAGUAAAUAUCAAUAAUAUAAAUUUUGCUCUAGGACAAUGAAUUAUUUUUUAACGUUGUACCAUUACUAUUUAUUUGUUUCUGGAAAAUAGACUAUUUUCUUCUCUAUUAGCACCAUCUGUCAAAUGAUGCCUGGUUGAGGGAUAUCUUUACCUUUUGCUGUUUUUAUUUGUUUCUUAAAGAGAAGAGUUUCAAUGAUUAAUAAAAUUUUAGCAUUUUGCA